CCCUCCCUCCCGUCAGCGACUGCCCACUUAAGACACUGCAGGCAGUGUCCCAAUGCCGUCCAGGUCCCCCGCAGCGCAUCCCUCCCAAUGACCACCAUGGACACCAUUUCCUCCACCAUGCUGGACCCCGAGGCUCCGCUCCACCUCGCCCUGAACCACCUGGUCGGCCGCGCCGACACCUCCUCCCGCCCGGCCUCCUACAAAGCCAUCGGCAUCUCCCUCGCCGUCGCCUCGGGCUUCUUUAUCGGCGUCUCCUUUGUGCUCAAGAAAAAGGGCCUCCUCCGCGCCAACGUCAAAUACAACGAGGAAGCCGGCGAGGGCUACGGCUACCUCAAGAACCUCUACUGGUGGGGUGGGAUGACGCUGAUGAUCAUCGGGGAGCUGUGCAAUUUCGUCGCCUAUGCCUUUGUCGACGCCAUCUUGGUCACGCCAUUAGGGGCGCUGACGGUCGUGGUGACGACCAUUCUGUCCGCCAUCUUCCUGAAAGAGCGGCUGAGUUUUGUCGGCAAGGUGGGCUGUUUUUGCUGCAUCUUGGGUAGUGUGGUGAUUGCGUUGAAUGCGCCGGAACAGUCGUCGGUCAGUGAUAUUCAGGAAAUGAAGAAAUAUGUCCUGUCGCCGGGGUUUUUGGUCUACGCGGGCGUCAUUAUCGUGGGCUGUGUCGUGGUCGCGCUUUGGUUGGGCCCGCGCUAUGGCAAGAAGAGCAUGUUUGUGUAUAUCAGUAUUUGCUCGUUGAUUGGGGGCUUGAGUGUCGUGGCGACGCAGGGCUUGGGGUCGGCCAUUUUGGCCCAGAUUGAUGGCGAGGCGCAGUUUAACCAGUGGUUCAUGUAUGUCUUGCUGGUGUUUGUCAUUGCUACGCUGUUGACGGAGAUUAUUUAUCUCAAUAAAGCCCUCAAUCUCUUCAACGCCGCGCUCGUCACCCCCACUUACUACGUUUUCUUCACCAGCUCGACCAUCGUCACCUCCGCCGUGCUGUUCCGCGGCUUUAAAGGGUCCGUCAGCUCCAUCGUUACGGUCAUCUUGGGCUUCUUGCAGAUCUGCGCCGGUGUCGUCCUCCUGCAGCUGUCCAAGUCCGCCAAGGAUGUCCCCGAUGCGGCCGUCUUCAAGGGCGAUCUCGACCAGGUCCGCGAGGUCGCUACCCAGGAGGAGCCCGAGAGCGAGCCCAAGGCCGACUCCAUCCGUGGGGCCGCCGCCAUCAUCCGACGGAUCUCGACCCGGCGACGCCAGGCGGAGGCCGAGGAGGCCCGGCGCUUCUACCACGAUCGCCGUGAAGACCUGAAACCGCCGGCGGAGAACGAGAUCAUCGAGUGGGACGGGCUGCGCCGGCGCAAGACCGUCAUCGGCGAGGGGCCGACCACGGCGCGCGCGCGCUCGGUGCGCAACCCGUCCGUCAACUACCCCAUCCCGCCGCUGGGCAUGUCGCGCGUGCCGGAGGAGAUGCCGGCCGAGCGCGAGCACGACCACGAGCCCGAGCGGCCCAGCACGAAGCAGAGCAGCCAUUCGUUCCUCGAUGACCUCCAGUCCCGCGUCUCGAGCUUCUUCCACCCCUCCUGGCAGCCCAUCGAGGACGAGCAUCCGAACCAGGACCCCGUCUCGCUGACAUCCAUGGCAGCGCACAAGCCGCACCCCGACACCAGCUAUCCCCACUCCAUCCUGCCGGACGCAUCGCGCAGCAACACACCCGGGACGGAGGAUGACCACGGGCCGCCGUCCCCGCCGCCGCACGGCGCCCAGCGGCAGUUCUCCUUCAACACCAUGUUACACCGGAUGAAGACAGGCCACGAGCCGACCCCAUCGCGCAGCUAUCCCCGCCCGACCCAUCACCAUCACCGGUCUCGAUCACGGUCGAUCACCGAGGAGGAACGUCUGGGACUCGUGCGCGGCGACUCCCGGGGCGAGUCCGGGCCGGACGAGGUUGACGAGAAGGAUAUUCUGGACGACGGACCAGGCAAUCUACCGUCAGGGCUGGCCCAUUCCCCCGAGCAGAACCGGUUACAUUCGAGCGGAUCCCUGUACCCAUCCCGGCUGCGCGUGAACCCGCUCCCGCCGCUCCCGGAUGAGGAGCCGCUCGCGGAUCCGUACGCGCCCGUGGAGAUUCCCCAUCAGCGCCAUGAAUCGCACAGCAGCGAAGGGUCGGUCACGUCGGGGCCCCGGAGCGCGGGAUGGCGACGGCACGGAUCGACGAGUAGCCGGGGGAGUCUCCCGGGACGACGGGGGGCGUUCAUAUAGAUGACAAUCUAUAUGUAUGAUAUGACCGAUACGAGCUAUGAACCAUAGGAUAAUGUAUCUGAUGUUAUUGAAUUGAGGUAGAUGUUGAUGUCGAUGAGGCAGUCAAGUACCCAAAUACACUC